AUGCAUCUGAGAAAAAUACGUCCACCUGUAUUAAAUCAUUUGACACAUGUUUCUCUCAAAUUAAACUAUAUAAGGUUUGAUCAAUUUGAACAACUUGGCAUUGAUCUUUUCGCUAAAAUUCAAGCUUUAAGAGUUUCGAUAAACUAUAAUAGUGAUGUAGCAUAUAUGGAUGGUAAUAGAUGGGAAAAAUUGAUAUUAUCACAUAUGCCAAAUCUACGUAUAUUUGAUAUUAGACAUGAAAGUUGGCCAAGCAAUACUACUGCCAAUAAUAAUAGUAAUAAUAUUGAGUUGACAUUAGAUAGUCGGAUUAAUCAGUUUACAUCUCCAUUUUGGAUUGAACGACAAUGGUCUUUUGCACUUCAACAUAAUCAAUCAAGAUAUGGAAAUCCGACAAUAUUCUAUUCAACAGAUCCAUACAGGUAUCAAUAG